AUGAGAUGCAUAUUGAGGAACUUGACAAGAAUUUUCGCUCGGAAUACAUGUUCUCGCGCUUGUGUUCGUCUAACAAGCAGACUGAGAUGGGUUCAAGGGAGCCUGCUGAUUGUUUUAUUUACUUGCUCGAUCGCAUUCACAAGCUGUGAAUGUCGCUACCCAUGUGGUGACAAAUUGUCACCCCGUCUCUUCAGCACCUCGCGCCAUUAUGACUCCAGAAUCAUUGUGCGUGUACCUUCGAUGGCAGAAAGGAACCUUGAACCAGUUCAACAAGCAGAUUGGGAACUUAUUGAGCCAGAGGAAGAACUCGCCACAAUUGAGACGGGCACGAUUGAUUUUUCCGUGAAUUCACCCCAAUCGGGAUUGUUUGUGGGUGAAGGAAAUGUUGGCACUGUCGACCAGGAGAUUGCGGAAAUUGACGCUGGCGAGCAGGCUGCCACUCAAGAUGGCAAGAGCAACGAGCCAACAUUGAAGACCAAUGCUGAAGCUGCAGCAAAACACAAGCCUGAAAAUAUAGCACAUGCGCCUGCUUAA